AAGAGCAAAGAACGUCCAGUCCCCGCUGGACAGUGAAAGCAUGGGUUUUUGUAAGCAUGUCGGCGUAGUGGGUCCCUUUCAUUGUGAUUAUAAAUAACGACGUGAGUGGUUCUCCUUUCGUGACCCCCCCCGAGACAUCAGUGGUGCUGGCGCCGCUCCAGCUGCGCUCGGCGGACGGCGCGGACGAGCGCACGGGCCCAACCAAGCCAUGCAGGCUGUGCGCCGGGCGGGCUCCCGGCUCCUGCGGCCGUGGGUUCGGCCCCAGACCCCCGGGGCCGGGAGCGCGGCGCCCGCCCGGACGACCCAUGCGAGCGGCCCGCAGCUGCAGGGCGCCGCGGCGAAGGUGGAGGCUGAGGAGAAAGCCGGGGCCCCGAGCCGCGGCAGCUUCAGCAUUUACCCUCCAUUUCCCGGAGAGGAGAGCUCGCUGAGGUGGGCAGGAAAGAAAUUUGAGGAGAUUCCAAUCGCACACAUUAAGGCCUCCUACAACAACACCCAGAUUCAGGUCGUGUCUGCCACACACCAGCCACUGGCCCAGGCAUCCUGUGGCACAGAGGGUUUCCGAAAUGCCAAGAAGGGCACCGGCAUCGCAGCACAGACCACAGGUAUCGCCGCGGCAGCGAAAGCUACUGGGAAGGGUGUGACCCACGUCCGAGUCGUGGUGAAAGGCCUGGGGCCCGGGCGCCUGGCUGCUAUCAAAGGGCUGGCCAUUGGCGGCCUGGAGGUGAUCUCCAUCACAGACAACACCCCCAUCCCACACAACGGCUGCCGCCCCCGCAAGGCACGAAGGCUGUGAGGACAGGAAGCCGGAGCCUGAGCAGAAGUCGUAUCCAGCAGGGCCUCGCCAGAAUGCUGCUCUCCAGAGGGCGUCUGAGAGGCAAGGGAACAGGACUCGCCUCCUCAUGCGGCAUCCUUUGCCUCUCCUUCGGCGCAGAUGAGAGACUAGGCCGGGCCUGCACAGGAGGGGACAGCUAGGGCCCAGGCGCCAAGCAGUAGACAUUGCUUCUCCAAAAAGAAAUAAAAGUAUGUCCCUGCCACAUGGCAUAA